GGUUUUCUUCCACAGCAGCUCAUCUUCCAGCACAUGGAAAUGGCCUGCUCCUGUACCUUUAAAAUUUCCUUCUUAAAGUAUGUCCAGCCUUCAUGGAUCCCUUUGUUUCUAAGGGCUGUUUCCUAAGGGACUUUGUGAACAAGUGUCCUGAACAGACUGAAGUCCAAGCUCUGGAAGUCCAAGGUAGAAGCUUUGUUGAUCUCCCUUCCUUACUUCACCAAGGAUCAGAAAUUAUUAUUUUGUGGUUGCUGUGCCAAAUUUGGCCACUGACCACCACACCUCCCACCAGCCCUUCUCUGUCAGCAAGCAGCAGGUCUAGCAGAGCACUGCCCCAGCAGGCUCCCAUACCAGCUGUGUCGGGGUGUUACCUUCCACACACUCCAGAACUUCCUAGACUGCCUGCUCUCCACCGUGAUGAGCUGCCAGCAGAUAUCUGGGGAGCUUUACAUUACCUGCAGUCCAGCUCCAAGCUCUGGCACCUUUAGUGCCUCUGAAGGCAUCAGCUUCUCUGGGGAGAGAGAGUACCAAGGUGCAGGUUCUGGCACAUGUGGAAACUUACAUGAUAGUUUCCUUUCUAUAGAACUACCAAACAUUCACAUGUAAUUCUGAGAUAAAAGCCACAGUAAGUUUCAGCUAAUUAAAUUAUACUAUGAAUAAAUUAUAGUUUGAAUAAUUCUUUGAAGAGGCAAGGAGUUCAGUCUUUCUGCCUAUUUUGCAAUGUUACUCAGCAGAACAGCCACAUCCCUGGGCCACCAAAGCCCUGAUAUGGGAUGCAUAAGGCAGGACACAAACACUUAUUCUAUUGUUUAGUUAUUGAAAAUAAAAGUAUAGGCUUCCUGGUGGGGAGUGGUUCAGCUGGGAACUGAUUAGCAUGUGCAGUAAACAAAAAACAUUUCAGUAACAAAACCCAGGCUUCAUUUGCUUGGGAAAACCACUGUAUGCUAAAAUUCUAAGAGAAAGGCUUUUCUGAGUAUUUGUGUAAUGUAUUGUUGGGAGUCAUGUGUGCCUGAAAGAAUAUGUGUGUUUUGUGGACAGCUGACUUGCCCAGGAGAACACAGCAUGCAAAUCUGAUGUAAAAUGUCAAAGAGCAAACAAUGUGAGUUAAGGCUCACAGCAUAUGUCUUCAGGCUGUGCUAGUGUGCUACUGUGAAAACACAGAGCGCAGCAUCUGAGCUGAUGCCAAUGAGUGCUCAAAAGAUGAAGAUAAGUCCUACAACUUCAAAUAAAUGCCAGUUUCCUCAUAUCUUUCUGAUGAUACAAGAUGUUUUAUGGUUCUGGUUUGAGCAGUGUGCCAGCAGAGAUGAUCAGGUUGCACUAAUUUAGUUUGUAUUACCUAGGAGAUAAGCAGUUCCCAUUUCCAGGCAUAAAACAGUAACUCCCUUUCUCAGAAAUGAACUGUUGAUUCUUAAUUCCACUAGAGAGCUGAGAUUCAGCUGUAAUCAUUCACUGAGACACAGGACGUGGAGAUCACCGUGGCACUCUCACCAUUGGGAAGAAACAAAGUCCUUGCAAGCUUUUCCUUCCUUCCUUAUGAGAAAAAUGAGCUGGGCGUUCCUACGUGAUCUGCUGAGUGGAGUGAAUAAAUACUCAACAGGAAUUGGAAGAAUUUGGGUAGCUGUGGUGUUCCUGUUCCGAUUACUGGUUUAUCUUGCUGCCGCAGAAAAUAUCUGGAAACAUGAACAUGAUGAAUUUGAGUGCAACAUCAAGCAGCCUGGUUGUGAAAAUGUCUGCUUUGACCAUUUCUUCCCUGUCUCUCACAUCAGACUUUGGGCUCUGCAGUUAAUCAUGGUCUCCACCCCUUCACUCUUGGUUGUCUUUCAUGUUGCUUACAGAGAAAACAGAGAGAAACGCCACAACCAGAAACUUUACAAAAAUACAAGAAAGACAGAUGGUGGGUUGCUGUGCACUUACCUUAUCAGCCUCAUUUUAAAAACAGGGCUUGAAAUAUUUUUUCUUGUUCUGUUCUAUAAACUGUACAACGGCUUCAAAAUACCACGUCUUGUGAAAUGUGACAUAAAACCAUGUCCCAAUACUGUAGACUGUUACAUUUCCAAACCCACAGAGAAGAUGAUUUUCCUCUAUUUUCUGGUGGCAACUUCAUGCCUGUGCAUCAUAUUAAAUCUAAGUGAACUGAGUUAUCUUCUGUUCAAAUACUCCAUAAAAUGUUAUCUGAAGAGACACAUGAAGAACAAGCAAGGCUCAAAAGCAAUUGCUGUGAAUCAGAACUCAUCAGGCACAACAGAGCAGCAGCUGCAGGAUGACUCCACAACAGCUCAUCAUCUUUGCCUCUGAAUAUGCAAGAUGAACAUGAAAAACAUUCCCCGCUGACUUGAAAGAAGGCUGGAGAUCACCCUCCCAUAACACAAGCUGGUUUUAACAAAUUGCUUUUCCAAUCAGUGCUUUGCAGAACUGUCCUUUGAAAGGAUAGUUACAUAGGAAAUGCUGUUUCUCUGUUAGUUCCCCAUUACUUGAGCUGAUAAAUUCAGCUACAUUAUGUAUGUUGAACAUAGAAUCAUUGAGACCUUUUCAUGUUCAAAUAAGAAAUGCAGAAGUUCUGAGAAUUCCAUGAAGCUUUAAUAUAAACACAGAAGCUUAUGAUAAAUCAUGCUGAAACAA